AUGUAUGCAGCUGCAGGGGGCGCUUCGCUCGCAAGCAGACAAGCCAGGCAAAAGCAAAAGCAAAAUAAGCAAAAGCAACAGAAGCAAAAUAAGGCAACAGAGCUAGCCUCGAGGCCACCACAAGCCAAACAAUUCCAAAACUAUACUGAUCCUCUAGUUCCUAGACUAUCCCGAGUAGAAAGGGGUACCUUAAAGCCAACACCUCAAAAUGAGAGGCGACACAGCGCUUCCAAUUACCACCUUAAAGAGCCUCAUCAUCGCUCGAAAAUUAGAGAAAGUCCUUCUAUAUCUAUUCCAGUACAAAAUACUCCAACGACAGCUCUACCCCAUAGCCCCCAACAUCAACAUUUACCUUUGUUUUCCACUCCUUCCCUUCAGAGUCAGCUUCCGCAGAUUUUUAUACCAGAGGAUGGAAAUCUGGAGAGAAGGUGCAGCUUCGUUAGACAAGUUGAGGAAAUGGAGAAGCAUCAAGAGCAAGGUCUUCUGGAUAAUUGUAAUCACAUUUGUAAUUUUGAGUUCAAGGAGAGGCCUUGGAUAACAAGUUCUAUUCGGAAUUCGACAGGGAUGCCUUCGGAAGCCUGGAGUACCCUUUUUCUGAGUGCUCGCAGGGCCGAGCGGCAUGGCAGGAACGAGAAAGAGACAGACGCUGUUCACUCUCCGAGGAAGCGCGGCAACACCGCAUCAAACAAACGGAAGCUCAUCACCGAUGGAUGA